GUUGUCUGUCUUCUUUUUUCGGCAUGGAAUAAACCUGUUACUUGUUCCUUUAUAUAAAGUAUAUGAUUACCGCACACUACAUAAAUCCCCAUUGAAACGAAUGUUUGCAAAUCUAAUUUAAGCGAUGGAAAGAAUAAACCGAUAAAUAUCCAUCUGAUGCAAAAUCUAGGUAAUUUCUAACUUCAAGGCUGAAAUGCAAGUUUCAUAGGUAGAGAUCAGUAAUUGUGCUUGAGGAACUGAUUAAGCAAAACACCUCACUGACUGAUGUGAAGUGAAUAGCACCCUGCCUUGUUUUAGAGUUAAAUUUUAGUGAUGUAGUACCUCAAACUGGGAAACCUACGGUAACUCAAAGGGGAUGUCAACUGAUUAAAUAUAAAACAUGAAGAGUCCCAAUUGUUGGUCACAGAGAAAGCAUGGGUUAAAGAAUUAUGAAAAUGGGACACUGAGGAAACAAUUCUAAAGAAGUAAACAAGGCACACAACUUUCUUUGUUCUAAUUGUUCUUAAUGCUAAUAUUUAUUAUUAGUUUACUGCCAUCCAUGCAAUGUUCACAACUGACUCUGACCCCCAUUCAGUGUGUUUAAAUAAAACUUUGUUGUUUCAUACCUUAUCUUUUGUGAUAUACUAGGUGGCCUGGUAUGUACAGUAUGUUGUCUUUCCUUCCAGAGUACUUUCUCAUGCUAACACAACGUUUAACUGCAGCUGAGUCCAAAUGAUGUCCUUGCAGAGUUUAUUGGAAGGGUUUUAGUCUUUAGUUAACCCUGUGUCAUGCUUUUCCUUCAGAACGGAAUCAUGGAAAAGGUCUGUAAAGCCCUGUUUAGCACAAUUUAAUUAAACAAUUAGGAUUGAGGAAGGUGCCCACUAAGAUCUGCAGUAUUUCCAAAGUUUAUACCAGCACAUUGGAGUAAGCUUUCAAGGAAAUUAAUUGGAAGCACAAGGGACUGAAGAUUAAUAAAGCUCAUUUAAGUCAUCUGAUUUGGCAUCAGCAUAAUUAAGUUUGCACUGAACACUAACGAAACCCCAUGUGAUAUUAAUCGUGUGUUUUCCCCAAAGCUGAAAUAAUAAUUAAGCUGGAUGAAGGGAAGGAUUAUAUAGUAUAUAUUUGAUGCAAGUAAUAGUAUCAGCUGAAGCUGUAAUAGUAUUACCUGAUAUAAAGAGAGAGCCAGACUGGUUUGGGAAUUAUAAAUGUACCAGAGAACACACUUUAGUGCCUCAAAGGAAAGGUCUGACAGUUUUGUCUCGCUUGUACUAGCCUAUGGAUGUGAAACUUGAGCCGUGGGUGCAGUAGUGCUGUGCUGACUGCAGGCAUGAGAAAGAAGUCUGGAGUUCUGUGUGCUCAGGACAACAGAAAGAGACAACGGCGGAACUGAAUGGGUUAUGUCAGAAACAAGUUUGUGACAUCGUUACAAGAGACUUAAAAGAAAUGGAUCUAGCAGUGCGCAGUAAGCAUUGAAGAACUGACUAUCACUGGAAGAACAAAAUAUCCAGAAAGAAGAUCAAAUGGAAGGCUGUGUGAUGAAGUAAAGGAAACGGGACUUGUGUUGCUCUGUGAAUAGACGAAGGGUGUCAGCCGCACACAUCUCUAUAUACGGAUGAAGAAAAGUAUAAACUGCUUCUGUAAGCGUCCGGACGCUCUGGUGCGACUGGUUUGUUUCCCCUGGGCAGGAGGAGGUUCUAUUCAUUAUGCUCGCUGGGGGAGCCUUCUCAACAGUUCAGUAGAAGUUUACUCUGUGAAACUCCCUGGAAGAGAAGGCAGAGCAAAGGAGCCUUUCUUAAUGGACAUGCAGCAGGUUGUGGAUGAAGUGGUUAGUGCGCUGUUGCCAGAACUCAGAGAGAAGCCCUUUGCACUGUUUGGUCACAGCUUUGGGGCUAUGGCCAGUUUUGCUACAGCAGAUCAUCUGAAGCGAGUUCAUGGUCUAGAGCCAGUGCAUCUCUUUGUAUCUGGUGCUUCAGCUCCACAUCAAAGACGAGGACUGUGCACACUUCUGAGACAUCCUGUGCCUGAGUCAUCCAUCAUUCUUCACACAGUGACCCUUGCUGUGCCUGCUACUGCACAGUUAACACCAAAUGGAGGGUCAGAGGCCCGUCUGUGUGCUACGAAGAGGAGUGAUCUUACGGAUGAAGAGUUUCUCAACUGGUUAACUUCUAUUGGAGGAACGCCCCCAGAAAUUCUAACCAACCAAGAAGUUCUGAAGCUCUUUCUACCUGUCCUUAAAGCAGAUCUCAGUGUUGUCGAGAACUAUAGAUACCUCAAGCCUGAAAGAAGUAUUCUCUCUUGCCCUGUUACGUGUUUUGAUGGGACUCAGGAUAUUCCACAUGACCUCCAAGCAUGGAAAGAUAUAUCAAGUGGAGAAUUCACAAUAAAAAUGCUCCCAGGAUCUCAUUUUUACUUAAAAGAUCCAACCAAUGAAAAGAUUCUAUUGGAUUACAUCACAAGACAUCUAGAGACUGCUGAAAUGGACUAUAUGAAAUGAUGCAAUGUUCUGCCAUAAAAUCAUGAUCUACAGCAUCUGCCAAAUUCAGAUGAACAUCCUACAGACAUUAGAAAGAAAUGUAGUUCAUUUAUAUUCCAAUCAACUAGUGUUCAAAAACAACAUGUAUUAUUUGAUCUCAAUGUUAAGAGUAUGACAAUUCUUAAUAUACUGUAUAUAUUUGAUUUAAUGUCUGAUACGGGUUAUUUCAGUUCUCAAAGAAAGUAUCCAGUUUUGAUUCAGUUUCAUCUAGGAGCAGUUCUGAGAAGAAGUGAUUGUUUUCAGCACUGUGAAUCGUGCCGCAAUGAAAACACUGGAAGUCCUCUGGGCAAGCCUGCCCUUUGACGGGCUGAUAGCUUUGGUUUAGUUUUUAAAUUGUCAUUUAAAUAGCUAUUUUGUGUCAUCUUAAUUUAAUUAUCAGACAAAGACCUUG